ACAGUCACAACAACAACAACAACAACAAAAAACACACUAUUUGCCAAUUUAAUAUUUUCAUUCUCAUUUCUGUGCAGCUACCAAAAAAAGCUCGCACAUACUUGGAUAAAAGGUUCUUUCUUACCAAAGAACCCCCAAAAGUUUGUUACUGUACAAAAAAUAAACUACCAAAAAAGAAGACAGACCAUUCAUAACCCUUGCUUUCAUAAAAAACGAAGGGAGGGGGAAAAGCGGAGAGAGAGACAGUGA